CGUGGAAGCUUACGAUAAAGGCAAAUGGCCGCCGUAGUUUACGAGAGCGGGUUACGUGUAUGAUGUUUUACCGCGAGCAGUUUUUUGACAUACGGCGUGUAAUAGGCGGGCGGGUUGAUCGAUCGACGAAAAGCGUGAUGUGAACGGGAAACGUGAGGUUGAACGGUGUUCCCGUGGCCGGCAAUGGACGGUGAGAAUGUCAGUGCGGUGAUGAAAUCGGUAUCGGAGGGUGAGCUGGGCGUGGAAGAGGUUAAAUUAUCGGAGCCAAAGGCAGAGGAAUCUGCCUCGCGUUUGAAGCGUACGUUCACGUUGCCGCGGAAUCCGUUUCGGAGUGCCAGCAGGAUGUUACGGCGACGUCCGAAACAGAAUCGCGAUAUGAAAGACGGUGGUAGUGCGGCGAGCACCAAAGAUAGGAACAAUAUGCAGCAACUAGAGAGCAUGCAACAGAACAUGGGCCGACUGCACGGCAGUCAAAGCUAUCCGGACAGGCCAGGCGUGAAGAAGGUGUUUCGAAGGCCCUCGUGGAGGAAGUUCAUUAACAAGAUGGUCCAGCACAUGUCCAACGUGGGCACGCAGAACCACAAAACAUCGCACAGGGAUGAUUUCGGGUCCAGUGCCGGAGACAUAAGGGUACCACCACCUAGGCCGGCGCAUAUACCACCUGACAGGGUGCCAGGGGUCAUAGGUUUACGCAAUCACGGUAACACGUGUUUCAUGAACGCUGUAUUGCAGUGCCUGUCGCAUACGGACAUACUCGCGGAAUAUUUUGUGCUGGACCAGUACAAAGUCGAUCUGUCGAGGAGGAACAAAUUGAACUCGAAGAAAUACGGGACUAAGGGGGAGAUCACCGAGCAGUUGGCCCUUUUGUUGAAAGCCAUCUGGAGCUGCCAAUAUGACCCAGAGAUGAGCACGGCGUUUAAGAGCGUCGUUGAUAAAUACGGAAGUCAGUAUCGUGGUAACUUGCAGCAUGACGCUCAAGAGUUCUUGCUAUGGCUGUUAGAUAAAGUGCACGAGGACUUGAAUCAAGCUACCAAGAAAAAGUAUAAGAUCAUCAAGAAUUCGUUCGGUAGACCAGAUGACAUUGUCGCGGCGGAAACUCUGGCGAAUCAUGUCCGCUGCAACAAUUCGUUUGUGCAUGCGGUGUUCCAAGCCCAGUUUCGGUCUAGUCUAACUUGUCCAAGAUGUCAUCGACAAUCGAACACGUUCGACCCUUUCCUAUGCGUGUCAGUGCCUGUGCCGCAAAAUCACCGGCAGAUGAACCUUUUUGUGAAUGUCCUCUAUACGUCGCAGCAACCACGGCAAGUGAAGAUCGGCGUGAGCGUGAACCAGACGGCCAAUGUCAGAGAACUGAGAGAAAUACUGGCCAGCGACACUGGUAUCGACGAGAAUCACAUGUUAUUAACAGAGAUUCACGACGAAGGAUUUCAUAGAACUUUCUCCGAUUGCCAACCUUUAUCUGUGAUCACGGAAAACGACCCGCUUUAUUGUAUAGAACUGCCACAAUUGAAAGAACCAGCGGAGCAAGCGUAUAUCUUACUCGUCUGGAUUAAUGUUCUUGUAAAAGGGGACUUGAGGCAACGAUUUGGCAGUCCGUACACCAUGCAAGUGUCUAGGGAAACGUCGUACGAAGAUCUGCAAAAACUUUUGCUGAAGGAGAUGCAUAGUAUUCUGGCUGAUGAUGUUCUUACUUCGAGCCAGAGUCCUGGAUUGUUUAACAUUCGCGUGGCGGAUCCUGCUGCAACGCCUAUUCAGGAUGAGCAUCCGUGUAUAGAUCCCUGUGUGGAACACCCCCUUUACACGGAGCAGAUCGAACAAGCAUUGGCCCUCUGUGCCGAUGACUCGGGUCCUCAGCAUGUAAAAUUAAUUCUGGAGUGGGACGAGGCUACUAAGUGUAAUAUUAUUCAAGACGACAGUGAUCAAAUUGAAGAGCAUGCCAGCGUGAAGCAGUUGAAAACGAAUUCAGAACUGGGCGGAGGUGUUACUUUGGAAGAAUGUUUCGACCUAUAUACGAGAGCCGAGAUAUUAGGAGCAGAAGAUGCGUGGCACUGUCCGUAUUGCAAUAAGAAACAAGAGGUUGUGAAGAAAUUGGGACUUUGGUCUUUGCCUGAUAUCUUGGUUAUUCAUUUGAAAAGAUUUCGACAACAGUCUAAACAAAGAUCCACGUCCAAAUUAACUAUGUUAGUCGAUUUCCCUUUGUAUGGUUUUGAUAUGACUCCCCAUCUUGCUCAUAGCGGAGUUCAAACGCAUAAUAACGUUAGUAGUUUAGGUGGUCUAGGUUGGUCACCCUGGAAGAAACCCAGGCCCCGUCAGCAAAAUAUUCCAAAAUACGACGAAAACGUUUACGAUCUUUACGCGAUUUGUAAUCAUCACGGACAAGAUUUACAGGGUGGUCACUAUACUGCGUUCUGUCGGAAUCCGUAUGAUACUCAGUGGUAUUGUUUCGACGAUACCCGAGUAGAGGCCGUGAAUGAUACUAAUUUAAUAACAAAUGCUGCGUAUAUGUUAUUUUAUCAACGAAGGGGAUUGACUAAUAAUUCUGGCAACUCCUCGGCCGCUUCUACAAGCUCGGCCGGGUCCGGACUUGAUCACUGGGUCUCGAAAAUGCCACCGUUCUAUUUCAACAAUAAGACUAAUAACAAUGUUUCAAACAACAAUCAGAGCAAAUCGCAGGAAGUGUUAUGUCAAGAUAAGAUCGUCGAAGAAAAGAACAUAACGAAUUUCAAUAGAGGGUGUCGCAAUUACGCUACUUUACAGCCGAAGAAAAGGAACGUUGCGACAGAAACGGAUAUCGGUCAGAUUGAUCAUUACUCGGACGAUGAAGCACCGUGCAGAAGAGAAUGGGCUUCACCGAAACCUGUUCGAAAAAUGUCGUCCAUUACGUUAAUGCCACAAUCUACGAUAAUUCACAGUGCCAGUAGUGAUCCAGACACAACGAUAAUACACGAGUCGACGUUGUAACACACAAUUUAAGCCAGAUGUUAUCUGGCUUGAGCAACGCUCAAUGUUUAGUGCCUGGGACAUGGUGUGUGAACGAUCAGAAAUAAAUUAGAAUUGAAGAGUAUAAAGACAAUUUGUCGCGAAACUUAGGUCCAUUCGUUUCGUAUCGAAGACUUAAUAUAGUCUGUUUAGAGAAUCUUUCGCUCCGAAUUUAUACAUAUAAAAAUGCUUUUUUUUUUUUUAAUAUUAUCUGAACAUCAACCGAGCAAAGAAUAUCAAGAGCCUCUCUAAUUUUUUUUGUUUUGAUAUUAAAAGGAAAAAAAAUAAAAUAAAUAACUGACAUUAGACGGAUGUUUCCUGAGAAUGCAAGUAUAACUGGAGGCAUUAGUGAUUUUUGUAUUUAUAUCGUGUUUACACAAAUUGCGUGAAUUGUAUUGUACAUUCUAGUUGUUAGAAAACUUUUUAAGAAAAGGACAAAUAUUAUAUUCAGUAUCAAAAACUACGAAUCCCUUAUUUACAAAUUGUCUAUUGUUAAUACUUAGACCUUCGACGCAAUAGGUAAUUAAUGUUCUACAUAUGUCCAGCAAGAAUGUACGUGUGUCAAAGAAACUUUGUACGCGAUUUUCUUUUUUUUUUUUUU